AUGUUCCAAUGGCUGACUGAUUGGUACACAGGCACUACAACCCCUCCCUCUCGAGCCAAUUACAAAGUCAAAGGCGAUACCAUCGUCAAACAAACCCUCACCAGGCCCAGGAGUAUGAGCCCAUGGGCUAUCAUCGAAGUAUACUGCGACUUGCAUUUUCUCGGGUACGACUGGAUCCUUAUGUGGUCUCAGCAGAACCAAACCGACGAUGAUAUUAUAAAGGAGAUCAACGUGCCAAUAGGUGUUAAGACAGAGAAUAGAAUCGAGGAUAAGAAUGCUCUUUUAGCUGGUCUCGAUCUCAAGGACCUGAAGCUAGGAGUUGGCGGAGAGCACAAACAUUUCAGCGAGAAGGAAACCGGCGCUAUAACUUCCGAGAGGCGAUCCGUGACGGUCAAGGCACAUAGCAAUACCUUCUACUACCAGAAGAGAUACAAUUUUCUGAGUCGAUUAUGGCACUUUAUAUAUGCCGAGGGUAGACUGUGGGUUGCUUCUUUGCCUGGUACUACGAAGCCCAGCACUGCAGAUACCGCAUUUUCUGUGAUGGCGGAUGAGUUUCUUGUUGUUCCUGAUAAACUGGUAGGAGAGGGGAAAGUAGCUACCGUCGAAGCUACAAAGGUUUGGAGGAUGGGUGACUAUCCACUUCGGCCGGGUCCCCCUAGCCUUGAGGAUGAGCGUAUCAUGUCAGAAGUUAAGCUACUACGCGCUACGGGAUACUCGGUAUCCCCGAGUUGA